AUGCAGAACCGUCACUCGCGGAACGGCAGCAUGGGUGCCUCCAACGGCGCUCAUGGAAGCUCCAAUGCAGCAGCCGCUGCCCGCUUCGAAGGGCCUCGAAGCCCUCCAAACACAUCCCACGUUCCCUGCAAGUUCUUCCGGCAGGGAGCUUGUCAGGCCGGCAAUGCCUGCCCAUUCAGCCACGAUCUUGGUGCAGCCGCAGACAACAUCUGCAAGUACUUCGCCAAGGGAAACUGCAAGUUCGGGCCCAAAUGCGCCAAUAUCCAUGUCUUGCCCGAUGGCCGGCGCAUCAACUACAGCAAAAAUGGCGUCACAAUCGGAAAUGGUCCCGUUAACCUAGGUGCCUGCUCUGCUCAGACUCCAACCUCGCCUACCUCCAGCACUCCCGCCGCGAAUGGCACCGACCACAACCGAAGCCAAGCAUCCGCAAGUGCUCUCACCAACUCGCUCUACCGUGCCGAUCAGUCGUCCCUCUCUACCUUCCCCUUCGACGACCGCCACAAUCAACACAACCUUCGCCAGCAACCUAGCAUCGAGAAUGGCCUUCCAAUCAUCGAUGCGCCUUACUCCCACACGAGCUCAGCGUAUGGCUCGCCUCGUGACGAAGAUACUCGAUUCGGACUGGGUCUGUCUCCUUCCAACGGCAAGGGUUUAUCUGUCAUGGAUGCCCCCCUCCCCGCUUCAUUCGAUUCCAACGGCAUAUCCAAUGCUGCUCUCUAUCCCGGCGGCCCAUGGCCGUCUUCUGUUCCCUCCAAAUUUGGUCUAGAAUCGCACUCUCCCUCGCUGAGCCUUGCUGCCAAGGACUCGCCUACUUCGGAAACUCUUCGACUUCUUCACACACAAGCAUUUGGUUCAUCUGACCAUCUGGCAACGCCUCUUGCUGGAAGCCUUACCAAUUCGCAAUACGGAAGCGGGACAGAAGAGUAUUUCGGAAAACGAACUAUGCAUUCGGCGCGAUACACGAAGCCUCGCAUGCUCAGCUCCAGUCUGCCAAAAGCCUCUGCCGUUGAUUACGACUGGCAGGCCGAAUUUGCAUUCGAAGACGAUGUGGAUGAUGACAACCUUCCAGAGAACUAUGUUCCUGAAAAUCUCCAGGAUUUGCUUACGCCUGCCGAGAAGGCUCGUCGCGGCUCUAUACGCCAUGAAGGAGACGUUAGCAUUGACGGAGUAACCAAGUAUGGAAGCCCUAUCGGUACAAGCCCAGGGCGAUGGGGUAUUUUUCCCCGUGGAAAGGAAGACGAUGACCUUUCUAGGUCAGCACGAGCCGCACCAUCGGUGUUUGGGCACGUCGGAAGUCCCUUGAGAAACUCAACAUUGGCUCAAGAGAUGGAUGGAUUGGGCAGUACCACUCGUCCGUUUGCCAGCAGAUCGGGCAGCGAGUCCAUGUCCGUCCUAUCCCAACAACUACAGCGCAGCCGUAUCGACGAUGCUCCCGGCGCCUCUAGCCCUCUUCUCCAUCCUGCAGCUGCACGCAAUACGAUCAGCUCUCUGUCCAAGGAUCGCCAUCUCGAACGUCAUGUCUCUAGUGGAAGCAUCAGUUCCUCGGUUACUGGCCGUUUUACUACUCCCAUUGAUGAAGAGGACCCUGCGUUUGUCUUCAGCAUGGAGGAAGAAGAGGACCCAACUCUCAACCGGGCACGAAAGCGAGGCUCUGCUGGCCUUGCUAUGGGCGGUUGGGGCAGCUAUGCCAGCGCCGUUGCCGGGAAGGGCACUGCAAAUGGCUCCAAGGAGGGCCGUGACUCUGUUGCCAUAAAUGGACAAUAA